AUGGUGUCUGCGCUCUCUUUGCUUCCAUUAGAAGCAGGAGGCCCUUCGCGACUUGUUGGGAUUAUCCCCCCCCAGCAGCAGCAGCAGCAGCAGCAGCAGCAGCAUCAGCAGCAACAGCAGCAGCAGCAGCAGCAGCAGGGGUAUUGGCUUGAGUUAAGAAAUGUUGUUAAAGCAGAUCUAAUUUGUGGGUCCCCUGUGCUGCAGUGCCUCGCGCUGCAGCAUGUUUGGGGUGUAUGCGCAGCUGGAGGUCAAGGGGGAAGUGCAGCAGCAGCAGCAGCAGCAGCAGCAGCAGCAGCAGAUGAGCUGCUGCCUCUUGUACAAUGUCUAGCAAAUCCAGCAGCAAGAAACCCAGAUUGCUGCAGACAAAGGGCCUACGUGGCGCUGCUGUUCUUACAUAAUGCUUCACCGCUGCUGCAGCAGCAGCAGCAGCAGCAACAGCAGCAAGAUGUUUGGCUGUAUAGAUAUACGCAAGGCCUCACUAUAGAAAGAGACGCAGAUACAGUACUGUCUCUUACGCAUUUGCUGCUGAAGCUGCUGCAGCAGCACAAACAACAAACCGAAAACAGCAGCAGCAGCAGCAGCAGAAGGGCUGCUGCACUAGAUGCUGCAGCCGCAGAAGAAGCAGCAGGAGGUUGGAUUGCUGUUAGAUCUUCCGCGCUGCACUGUCUCGCGAGAUUGCUAUGGAAUGGCUCGUCGCAGCAGCAGCAGCAGCAGCAGCAACAGCAGCAGCAGCAGCAGCAGCAGCAAGGGGUGCCCUCGCCUUUCCUUGUGCUGCGGCUGCUGCAGCUGCUGCAGCUGCUGCCUCCCCCUGCUGCUGCAGCAGACCAGCAGACAGCCAACCAAACCCUAAGGCUCUGCUUCGACAGACUAGCUCAGGCCUCCAUACCUCCAGCAACAGCAACGGUGCAUCGAUGGCGGCUGCCGUUUAGCAGCAGACGGACUGCUGCUGCUGCAGAGCCCCAGCCAGCAGCAGCAGCAACAGGAGCAGCAGGAGGAGUAGCAGCAGCUGCAGCAGCAGGAGAGGAGGCGCUGCAGCGGCGCAGCAGCAGCAACCGCAGCAGCAGCCUUUGGAGUAGGGCAAAGCAUCGGUCUUUAUCUGCUGCUGCUUCCCUGACACGGGCUACAUCUCUUUCUAGACACUCGAAAGCAGCAGCAGCAGCAGCAGCAGCAGCGGAGCAGCAGCAGCAGCAGCAACAACAGCAGCAGCAGCAGCAGCUGCAGCAGCAGCAGCAGCAGCAGCCGCAGCAGCAAGGCUGGGAAGUAUCAGCGCUGCAUGCAGGGCUUCUAAUUGAAACAGCAAAAGCUGCUCUUACUCUCGGCGCUGCUGCUGCUCCUGACGUCGCUAAUAGGGCGGUAGACAUCCUCGCCACUCUCAUUGCAGACCACCGGGCAGAUGUGAGGCUAGCAGCAGCAGAGGCGCUGCUGCUGCUGCUGCAGCAAGAGGUUUCUGACUCUCCGCGCUUCGCUUUCUUGCUGCCGGGGGUUUUGUCGAUGGCCAGAGAGGAUCCAGACCCUGCAGUACAGAUAGCCGCCUUGCAGCUGCUAGAGCAGCUAGCGAGUGUAGACAGCUGGAGCAAUACAGUCUCUGUGCUGCUGCAGCAAAUUAAGCUGCAGCCAGCAGCAAUUAAAACGCAAACCCUCGUUACUGCUGCAGUGCUUGCAGACAAACACGCAACGCCCCAGCAGUACCUGGAGAGAGCCUUUGAAUUUCUAUCCGUUGCCCCUUUAGAAACCCCUGCCUUCUUUUGGAGUCGUGCAGCUCUUCUGCUAACUCAUGUCUCACCUAAUUCAGACCUCCGGGUAAAGGCCGUCCGCGCUGCUGUCUUUGCAUUGCGAAACCCCUGCAUUGAAGAGCCCCUCCUCAGGUUGUGCAGCUAUAUCAUUGGGGAGUGUGCAGAACUGCUGCCUGGGGUUUCCGGCGGCGUAGCAGCAGCAACUCAGCUGCUGCUGUCGCACUUGCGGUGUAUAGGGAACUCGCGGCUGAGGCCUCUUGAGGUGUCUGGGCAGCUCUGGUCUUUGACAGAUAGCAGCAGCAGCAGCACCGCAGCAGCAGCAACAGCAGCAGCAGCAGCAGCAGCAGCAAACGGCAACGUCUGCAGCAUCCUUCUCACCAGUCUGUGCAAAGCAGCAGCAGCAAACAUGCACCAUAAGCUGCUGGAGACAGGCGAUGCGGAUUUUAUUUCUUUUUGUUUGGGCCCACUCUCUGCAACACGGCAGCAGCAGCAGCAGCAAAUGCGUUUUCGUGCUGCUGCUGGUGGUGCAGCAGCAGCAGCAAAGGUAACACCUGAGGGGAUUGCUGCUGUUGCUGCUGCUAUAGAAAAGACGAGAGCAGCAGCAGGCAGCAUCAAGAAGCUCAGCAGCAACAAAUCUGCGUCUCCCUUUGUUAACAGCAGCAGAAGAACCAGCAGCAGCAGCAGCAGAAGCAGCAGAAGCAGUAGCAGCAGCGGCAGCAGCGACAGCGGCAGCAGCCGCAGCACUAGCAGAAGCAGCAGCGCCGAUGGCUCCAUCAGCAGCAGCAGCAGCAGCAGCAGCAACGAUAGCAGCAGCGAAGCAGCAGAAGAAGACAUGCAGCUUGCCUCUUAUAUGACUGCUGCUGCAGCGCAGCUGCCCUCUUCAUCCCAACCAGCAGCAGCAGCAGCAGCAGCAGCAGCAGCAAACAAGAAAGCUUGCAUACUGAAAAACUCCACGUAUCGGCCUCCGGCGACUGGGAAUUUGCUGUGUCGCAUGCAGCAGCAGCAGCAGCAACAGCAGCAACAGCAGCAGCAGCAGAUGCUGCUGCUGCCUCCUCUCGGAUCGCAGCAGCAACAGCUGCUGCUGCAGCUGCAGGCUCCGUUUACUUCUCAACCGCAGCUGCAGAUUGUUAUUAUGGAGGGAGACGGUGCUGCUGGCACCCAGGUCUCGAGGCAUCAGAUAUUCCUACCGGUAACGCUUGCGCAUUUUGUCUCUGCUGCUGCUGCUGCCCCAACAGAGGCGCUGUGGGAGCAGCAGCAACAGCAGCAGCAGCAGCAGCAGCAACGCGAGUUUACAGCGGUUUGCAGCUUGCCCUCCCCUAAGGCUGUGGCGCUGCUGCUGCGGCGCGGCUGCUUCCUUCGAGUUGGCAGUGUAAGUGCUGCAGCGGCAGCAGCAGCAGCAACUGCUGCUGCAUCACAGCAGCAGCAGCAGCAGCAGCAUCAGCAGCAGCAGCAGCAGCUGUCUUCGCGGAUAAGAGUGCAGGUGAUUGCUGCCCAUGCUUUGGUUGCUGCUGCUUUUGCUGAGCUGCUGCAUUUUUUCCUCACAGCAGGGGCAGGGCUGCAGCAGCAGCAGCAGCAGCAACAGCAGCAACAGCAGCAGCAGCAAUUGCCGCAGCAGCCAUACGCACAGCAACUUCCUCAGCAGCAGUAUCUACAGCAGCAGCAAUAUCUGCAGCAACAGCAGUAUCAGCAGCAGCAAACGCACCCUAUGCAGCAGCUGCAGCAGCAACAGCUGCAGCAACAGCAGCAGCUGCAGCAGCAGCAGCUGCAACAGCAGCUGCAGCAGCAGCAGCAACAACUGCAGCAGCAGCCCCCCAUAGCAGGUUACCCAGGGGCCCCCCCCCUUGCGAGUUUGCCGUAUGCCUAUCAGCCCGUAAAGCAGCAGCAGCUACACCUGCAGCAGCAGCAGCUGCAGCAGCAGCUGCAGCAGCAGCAACAGCAGCAGCAGCAACAGCAGCAGCCACAGCAGCAGCAGCAGCAGCAGCUAGGUGGAGUGAAGCAAAUGGCGUUUGUGCAGCAAAUGCCGAAGGGGACGCCGCAGUUGAUGUGUUUUAAUGACUACACAAACUAA